AUGGCCGACUCCCUCGCUAGCCUGAGGGUCUACAACUCCCUUCAACCCGGCGGCCCCGUCCAGUUCAAUCCUAGGGACCCCGGCAAGGUGACGUGGUACGCCUGUGGCCCUACCGUCUACGACAAGAGCCACCUGGGUCACGCGAGGAACUAUGUCUCCACCGAUAUCAUCCGGCGCAUCAUGAUGCACUACUUUAACCUUGAUGUCAAUUUCGUAAUGAAUAUCACUGACAUCGAUGACAAGAUCAUCAUCAGAGCGAGGCGCCACCGCCUUCUCGAGCUGGAAAAGAAGAAGAACCACUCAGAAGAUAAGCUCCAAGAGCUCGCGCUCGAUGCUUUCCGCGCCUAUGCCAAGAGCAACCUCCCCGCCCUCGUCGUUGAGGGGUCCGACUUGGAUGCGUCCAGCUACGAGUCUCGAAGAGAUGCCGCCUAUGGAAAGGUUCUUGCCGGUGAGGCGCUUGCAGAGGAUGCGAGGCCGGGCGAGGCCGAGGCCAAGAUCAAGAUGCACAUUUCCAACACCGAUUCCGCUGCAAGGGCCAUCAAGCAGGGCCAGAUCUUCCCAGGAGCCGACGAGAUCUUCCUGCCGUACCUGGACUCUCUCUACAAGGACACGUUUGAUACGAGCGACCAGUCCGUCUUCACUGAGCUUACCAAAACCAUGGAGGACCUCUUCUUUGCGGACAUGAAAGCUCUCAACGUCCUGCCGCCUGAUGUCAUCACCAGGGUUACCGAGUACGUUCCCCAAAUCGCCAAAUUUGUCGAGCGCAUUGUCGACAAAGGCUUCGCCUACGAAGCCGAGGGAUCUGUCUACUUCGACAUCGCCGCUUUCGAAAAGGCUGGAAACCAGUACGCGAGGUUGCGGCCCGAAAGCCGGAAUGACAAGUCUCUGCAGGAGGAAGGCGAAGGAUCCCUGUCCAAGAACCUUGGUGGCAAGAGGAGCGCUGGCGAUUUCGCGCUAUGGAAGAAGUCGAAAGCUGGAGAGCCUUACUGGCCCAGUCCCUGGGGCAGUGGUAGGCCCGGUUGGCAUAUCGAGUGCUCCGUGAUGGCGUCUGAGAUUUUGGGCUCCUCGAUGGAUAUCCACUCCGGUGGCAUAGAUCUUGCCUUCCCUCACCAUGACAACGAGCUUGCCCAGAGUGAGGCCUACUUCUGCGAGCCGGGUAAGGGGAGCAUAGCUGGCAUGCGCAUCGUCUUCCUCCUUGGAAAGUGGCAUGAUGGUGUCGAGAUUUCUCCCGAGAUGCGAUCCCACGCGGAUGGCUGGGAGUCCACUGUGAAUGACCAAAAGAAGAGCGAAAUCGCCGCCCAGUUCGAACAAGCAAAGACAGACUUUACCGCGGCGCUCUGCAACUCUUUCGACACGCCCCAAGCCAUGCAGGUUAUCUCCGGAAUAAUAAAGGAUGCAAACAUUCAUCUCAAAGCUGUCAAAGAUCAGGCUGAUCUCGUUACCAUCGAGGCCAUCGCCAGAUGGGUUACCAGGGUCGUCGGUGUUUUGGGCCUCGAUGAGAAUGCUGCGCCACCGUACGAAGGCCUAGGCUGGGCUUCAACCAAGGUCGCCGCGGAUCAGGAUCCGGCCGACGCUAUCAAGCCUUACACCGCAGUCUUGGCCAGCGUAACCGCCGCCGUACAGCAGCUUCAGCUCAGCGCGGAGCCAAUCAAGCAGCUUCUAGAGAAGGUUCCGGACGCUGAUUUCCAGUCCCUUGUGGACAACGGUAUUCGGGACAUCGAGCAACUGGCCUUGCCCUACCUUCGCUCGGUCUCUAGCCUCCGUGACGAGUUGCGCAAGCUUGUGGGCACCGUCUCGCCCGAAGUAAAGAAGAGCAUUCUCUCCCUCACCGACAGCAUCCGCGACGUGGAUCUCACCAACCUCGGUGUCUAUCUUGAUGACAGGCCCGAUGGCCAGCCAUCCUUGAUCAAAUUCGUGCCGGCUGCAGAGCUCAUCGCGGCCCGCGAGGAGAAGGCGGCGCGUGAGCUCGAGCGCGUUCGACAAAAGGAGGAGGCGAGGAUAGCCCGCGAGAAGGCGGAACAAGAGAAGCUCGCCAAGGCGCGCGUAAAUCCCCGCGACAUGUUCAGGGGUGACGAUCGGUUCUCGGCUUGGGACGAAGCGGGUCUGCCCACCAAGAUGAAGGAUGGGAGCGACGUGCCCAAGAGCCAGCUGAAGAAGUUGCAAAAGGAACACCAAAAGCAGACAAAGUUAUACCAGGAGGCUGUAGGCAAGGAGGCGUAA